UCCUACACACACCUGCAGGCCCCAGACUGACACACAGGACUGCACCAUGGGCGGAUCGUGGCGAGUCGGUUUCGCGCUGCUGUCGGCAUUUGUCUCAGGAACCACGGGCUUUGUGUUGAAAGCUUCCCUGCCGAACAAAGGCGCGGCGGCUUCGGCGGUACGAAGACCGGCAACAACGCCAUGCCCGCUCUACGCCGCUCGUUCAACGGCGGCGGCAGGAAGUGAUGGCGUCGCCGCCCCUCCUCCUCACACACCGUGGACCUGUCUCGCGCCCGGCGGAAAGGUUGGGCGGGCAAAGGUGUCCCUGGAGAGGGCGGUAACCUCGGUAGCCGCGCCAAAGUCGGAGUCCGCACAGGAAACUAAGAAGAAGCAGGUGACGAAGACGAAGCGAGCGACGGAGACGGAGGACGCGCCCAUGUUCCAGGUGCUCGUGAUCGGCGAUGAGGAGUACAACCGAGAGCACGUGGUCAUGUCCAUCCAGGACAUCGUCCCGGACACGGACAACACACGGGCGGCAGAGAUUUUCGAGGAGGCCCAGGAGGGAGGCAAGGGCUUCUGCGGCACCUACCCGGAGGAAGAGGCGGAGCUCUACGUCGAGCAGUUCACGCGAUGCGAGCCAAUCAUCUACGCCGAUAUGGAGAAGGAAGGGGCACAGAAGGGAGCCGAGGCAGGAGCCUCCGCAUGAUUUUUCGGGCCGCAUGCGUUGCAUGCAUGAGAGCUGGGCGGCAGAUUCGGAGGCAAGGAGGGAGGGGGGGGGUCCGGUGCGUCUGCUGUUCGGCACCCUGUUUUGUUCGCCUCCUCAUCCCCCCCAAUGUUGUUGGAGUGUUGUUAUUGGGAGGAAGACAUGAGGUACGGCGAGAGUAACCCCAUGUUUCUGUGUCGUUUCUUGACCUGUUGAACUUCCGGAAACCCGACCACGUCUCGGCCUCCUCACAAGGAUCCAAGAACUGAUCGUUUUAGAGUAUUAGAAUACCGUGUUGACGGACAUUUUGCGAGGCAAUGGAUAAACACGCACUCGCUCCCAUACAGACGUAUGACGGCGUGUUCCGUCCUCCGUUGUGGUGGUACUUAUGUUCUGCUUGCCUUGUCCGUAACAAGAACAAAAAACAAUGGAAGGUGUUUCUCCUGUUACUCUAUCUUGUGCGAUGGAUGUGUGGCUGGCGCCCGAGUUUGCUGGAAUACUGGAGCUGCACACUAUGUCAAAGAAAAGUUCAUUCAUGGGUGUUGCGGCACUCAACGAAAAUUACAGCAGGAAUGUGCCGCGAUCACUCGAGGCCAGCCGGCUCCCAUGUUCGCUUGCGCUACCUGAAUCGUACGCCGCAGGAAAUCAAUACAUCACCCUUGAGUCCGGUGUCGGUUGGGUAGUAUUUUCUGCAGAACGGCUGAAUAAGGUGUGAUGCGCUCUCGCUCUCUCUCUCUGAAAAUGGGGAAAAAACGCUCCCAUUGUCCGGGAGGGGAUCAUGCGAGUUCACACAUCAUCGCACGCAUCCACCACGGGGUAAAACGGACAGAAUUGUCGCCGAAAACUUUCUCAUUUAUUCAUUUCCGUGCUUCGACGAGAGAAUCUUUUCGGGUAGAUUUCGAUAACACGAGAAGAAGCAAAUCAACCCCCCACCAUCGCACGGGGAGAACGAAAGUCUUUCCGACCGAUGCUGUGCACGUUGAUGGUGCGUUUUCUGUGGGAUGAGUAUUCGAGAAAACCCAGGGGCGAACCCGGGAGGCGUCCUGCAAAACCCGCAGCAGCACGCGGACCACAUCGCGGUUGACAGAUUUGCACCAAGAUGCCCAUCCUCCUCCCCCCCCCCC